UCCCUCUCUCUGUUCUUCUCCUGUGUCGCUCUCUGGGGAAGCUACCGAGCGAUGGCGUCCCGUAGGGUUCUCGCGUCCCUCCUCCGCUCUGGUUUCCGUCGUCUCGCCUCGAAGCCCGCCGCUGCCCCCUCCGUCUUCCCUUCCGCUGGCCGCACUGCUCCUCUCCGUCGCCCUUCCCCUGCCGGGUACCUCCUCAAUCGCGCCGUCAACUAUGCCACCUCAGCCGCCGCGGCCGCCCCUCCUUCUCCUCCGUCGCCUGCCAAGGAUGGACCCUCCGGCCGGAUCACUGAUGAGUUCACCGGAGCCGGCGCCAUCGGUCACGUCUGCCAGGUCAUCGGUGCCGUAGUCGAUGUCCGCUUUGAUGAGGGCGGUCUGCCCCCGAUCUUGACCGCGCUUGAGGUCCUUGACAACUCCAUCCGGCUGGUGCUCGAGGUGGCGCAGCAUCUCGGCGGGAACAUGGUCCGGACGAUCGCUAUGGACGGGACCGAGGGGCUCGUCCGCGGGCAGCGCGUCCUAAACACCGGGUCCCCGAUCACGGUGCCCGUGGGUAGGGCAACUCUUGGCCGGAUUAUCAAUGUCAUUGGAGAGCCCAUUGAUGAGAGGGGUGAAAUAACGACCGAUCAUUUCCUGCCUAUCCAUCGCGAAGCUCCUGCUUUUGUAGAACAAGCCACGGAGCAACAGAUCCUUGUCACUGGUAUCAAGGUUGUCGACUUACUCGCACCUUAUCAGCGAGGUGGAAAGAUUGGUCUUUUUGGUGGUGCUGGUGUCGGAAAAACUGUGCUGAUUAUGGAACUUAUUAACAAUGUUGCUAAGGCUCAUGGUGGUUUCUCUGUCUUUGCUGGGGUUGGUGAGCGUACUCGUGAGGGCAAUGACCUUUACAGAGAAAUGAUUGAGAGUGGUGUCAUCAAGCUAGGAGAUAAGCAGGGUGAGAGUAAGUGCGCUCUUGUCUAUGGACAAAUGAAUGAGCCUCCUGGUGCCCGUGCCCGUGUUGGGCUCACUGGUCUGACUGUUGCUGAACACUUCCGAGAUGCUGAGGGACAAGAUGUGCUUCUUUUCAUUGACAACAUUUUCCGUUUCACUCAAGCAAAUUCUGAAGUGUCUGCUCUGCUUGGUCGUAUUCCUUCUGCUGUCGGUUACCAGCCAACUUUGGCUACUGACUUGGGGGGUCUGCAGGAGCGUAUUACCACAACAAAGAAAGGCUCUAUCACAUCAGUGCAAGCUAUUUAUGUCCCUGCUGAUGACUUGACUGAUCCUGCUCCAGCUACCACUUUUGCACAUCUUGAUGCCACCACUGUGUUGUCAAGACAGAUUUCUGAGUUAGGUAUUUAUCCUGCUGUGGAUCCACUUGACUCUACCUCCCGUAUGUUGUCUCCUCACAUUUUGGGAGAGGAGCACUAUAACACUGCUAGAGGUGUACAGAAGGUUCUCCAGAACUACAAGAAUCUGCAGGAUAUCAUUGCCAUUUUGGGAAUGGAUGAGCUUAGUGAAGAUGAUAAAUUAACUGUUGCUCGUGCCAGGAAAAUUCAGCGGUUCCUUAGCCAACCAUUCCAUGUGGCUGAAGUCUUCACGGGUGCUGCUGGAAAAUACGUAGAAUUGAAGGAGAGCAUAGGCAGUUUCCAGGGUGUUUUGGACGGUAAAUAUGAUGACCUCCCUGAACAGUCAUUUUACAUGGUCGGCGGAAUAGAUGAGGUCAUUGCAAAGGCAGAGAAGAUUGCCAAGGAAUCUGCUGCUUAGUCUGUCAUCAUUUUCUCCUGUUAAUAAUUUGUUCCAGCCCAGGCUGUGCCUGAGCACAAGAUGACAUUUUUGAAGACGGCCCCGCAUUGGUUUUUCACAAUUUUAGUUAUUUUGAACAGGCUUGUGGUGAAUAGAGCAAAUGAGCAAGCGCCAAAGUGCGCAUUCCUUUUUCCCCUCUCUUUCAAAAUAAAAGCGCAAAGCUGCAUGCUCUGGCUGUCUCUGUUUACCUUUGUUUUUUUGCUUCUUAACUGUAAAAUUACGUUGAUGCUGUGACAGUUUCUUUUGAUAUUUAUGAUCAGGAAUUAGUAGAUUGAGACUUUAAAUUCAA